AUGAUCUUUACUUCCAUCGAGCAUGUCUGCAGCAUCUUCGCCGUAGCUGGAUUUCGUUUCGAAAAUUUGGCAAAUCACGAAAAUAUCGAUACAUUGAAUAAUAAUCCAGAUGACAUUUACAAACAAAAAAUAGCGUUGUCCGUUCACGUACAUUGGCGAGCUUUACAAUUCGCGGAACUUCUCGAAAAUACCUUCUCUAUAACUUUCGUCAUACAAAUAUUGAUAGUUACCGUAGCGAUGAGCGUUACCUUGUUACAAGUCGCGUCGCAAUUAAAUGACGCUAUGGAAACAUCGAGAUAUCUGGCGUACAUUGGUGGCCAACUGAUACAUUUAUUCUGCUUCAGUCUGCAAGGACAAAAACUGAUAGACCACAGCUUAGAAAUGCGUGAAAAGGUGUAA